CACUGAGUCCCCAAGAGCUCACAAUCAUGUGGCGUCUCCUUUUCUUGUGUGCGAUCUGUGUCCCUGAUGCUCUGGGGCUCAGAAUCUGCUCCUUUAAUGUCCAGUCCUUUGGGGAGACCAAACGGGACAAACCUGCCGUCAUGAAUGUAGUGAGAAUGAUCAUUUCCCGCUGUGACAUCACACUUCUGAUGGAAAUCAAGGACAGCAGUGACACCGUAAUCCGAUCUCUAAUGACACAACUCAAUAGCCAACCAGAAACAAGAAAUCAAUUUGAUUUAACCAUCAGCCAAAGACUCGGGCGCAAGAGCUACAAAGAACAAUAUGGUUUCAUUUAUAGGAAGAACUUGGUGUCAGUGAAGGAAACAUAUCAAUAUAUGGACUUGCAGCCGGGAGAUGAAGACGCUUUCUCUCGGGAGCCCUAUGUGGUUUGGUUUCAAGCGCCCAGCACUGAUGUGAAGGAGUUUGUGAUCAUUCCCCAGCACACCACACCCGAGGCCGCCGUCCGGGAAAUCGAUGAACUUUAUGACGUUUACCUUGAUGUCAAAGAGAAAUGGGACUCGGAGAAUUUUAUUUUCAUGGGAGACCUAAACGCCGGCUGCUCCUACGUGCCCAAGAAAUCCUGGAAGAACAUCCGGCUCCGGAAUCACACGGAGUUCGUUUGGCUGAUUGGGGACAAUAAAGAUACGACGGUGAAGUCCAGCACCAACUGCGCCUACGACAGGAUUGUCGUUGUUGGUGACAAGCUCAUCAGCUCCAUUGUACCGACCUCGGCCUCUGUGUUUGACUUUAUGGCUGCGUACGGACUGACAGAAGAGCAGGCUCUAGAGGUGAGUGAUCACUUCCCUGUCGAGGUGCAGCUGACGGAAUCAAAGCGUCUCACUUCCAGGAGAAAGAUAUUUAUGGAGAGGAAAUAAGAUCUCGUGUUGCACAUUUGCUAUUGCCGGAGCCAACAAGGAGCAGUUAUUACUUCUUAUCUUUAUAUCUGAUAAUUAUGGGUGUGGGCACGUGGGAAAGGGCCCGGGGCUCAGGGUUAUGUUGCUACGGAAAUGUUUUGUCAUCAGAACUUAAUGGCGUCUCCCAUUGUAAUGUGAAGUCUUCUCUGCUCUUUGACAGAUUCACCAGUCUGAAGAAUAUAUAGGGGGCAGGAAGGUAUAAACUGUCAAUUAGACUCAUUUGGGCAAAGUUGGCCAUUUAUUUGCUCCCAUAGAACAAUCCUUGUCCAGCCCCCUUAAAGAUUCCGCCUCUGGUCACCCCCUCUUAGCUCACAAAUCCAGACAUAUGGUUGGACCGGUCAUAGAUUGAAGAAUUUGAAAGCAAACAAAUACAUAUUGACCCAAAUUUCACCAGAACUCCAGGCUGGGCUGAGGCCAGAGCUUGUUAUUCUGGGUGUUAAAGGGAAAAUAUUAUCAUCUUAAAAAGAUUUCAAAUGACCCAAUAAUAAUCAGAAUUAUGUAUUUUGGUGUUACAUAAAUGAUCAUGUUUGAAACGUU